AUGGGUAUGGCCAAGAAGAACGGCUCGAAGGUACGCGACCUACUGUUUCAUACCCAGGAUCUUUCUGUUUUCCAAGACCUAGACAUAUUUAAUAACAACCUGGGACUCAACGACGACUGGUAUUUCCCAUCUGAGCCCAGCAUCCAAAUAUAUACUGGGGACCUUGGGUUCAAUAAUAUGCCGACAGCAUCCAUCGCCAACCCACCUAAUGCUAAAAUUCUACCAUCAUGUCACUCACUAUCACGAUUCAUCAAUGGGUUCUUUGAUGGUUUUUAUCCUCACCUACCGAUGGUGCACAUUCCAACAUUCAGGAUAGACGAAUGUGAUCCGGAGAUGUUACUGGCCAUGUGUGCUCUGGGCGCUGAAUCUCGGCAUGAGAAUCGCAAAGCAGCAUUCUUAUUCCGAGCGGCCAAGGAAAUACUGCACGAAAGAGCGAGCAGGAAAGAAUGGAGAGAUACGGAAUGUCCUUUCGAUGCCUCGGAAGGAAGCGCAGCCUUACCAAGUCAGCAAACCUCCACUCCCACCGACGACACUCUGCGGUGUCGUAGAACAAUGCGUGAAGCCCGGUGUGCCUUUCUACUUAUUGCGUUUGCCACCUGGCGACGUGAGGAAAGCAUACAUCGUGAGGCUUUCAAUCUCCAGAGUUUCUUGGCUAGAUGUGUUCGAGCGUGCCAACUAAAUGAGACAGAACAGUCUUUAGUUGCCGAUGGCGGCAGCUGGCAUCUGUGGAUUCAGCAGGAAACCGAUAGGAGGGUAAAAUUACUCUCGUUCGCUUUUCUAAACCUUCAGUCCAUUGCAUUUGGCACUCCACCAGCCAUUCUGGCCGAUGAAAUUAACGUUCGUCUCCCAUGUAGCAGCCUCGAGUGGAUUGCUCCGAACGAACAGAAAUGGAGGCUUGCUCGAAGGCCUGGCCAUCGGGAGCAGAUGUCGUUCCAAGAUUCUCUCUGUAACGUCAUAAAGAACACACCAGAUAUAAAUUCGACAGAUACGCUGCCUAUACCUUCUCCUUUGUCAAACUAUAUCAUCUUACACGCCAUCAUACAGCGGAUAUUACUGGCAUAUCAUACACUUGGUCCAUAUAACGAUGCGAAUAAUAUCAUACUCAAUGGGCAAAAGAAUGUCAUACGUAAUUCUCUUCAUGCAUGGACAUCUUUAUGGCAACGAGCCCCUGAAUCGAGUUUGGACCCCCGCAAUCCGAAUGGCCCUGUGACAUAUACUUCAACUGCUCUGCUGGGUGUUGCGUAUAUUCGACUUGGCCUCGAUUUGGGCUCAUAUAGAAUUCUUCAGUCCCACGACGCUACAGACAUAGCAAAGCGACUGCUACAAAUACCUCGUUUGCCACCUGGCCCCCAUCUUCUCCCAGCAAUAUUACAUGCGACGCAUGCCCUCAGCAUCCCUGUCAAAUUAGGGGUAAACUUUGUCGCUCGAAGCCAUGCGUUCGUCUGGAGCGUACAACAUUCACUUUGUGGACUAGAAUUUGCGAUCUUUCUCAGUAAAUGGCUCUUUUGUAUCGCCGACAGCCAGACCAGAAGACCACUAAAUGCACACGAAGCGCGACUCGUGAAUUGGAUCAGCGAUAUUGUCGAAGAAGGACGAACAUCAGCAGACGAUGACUUGUGGUCCAGCCCUUCGAAUCUCUCGGAUUGUUCUUACCUAGGAAUUGCCGUUGUAAGGUUAUGGGCCCGACUGAUCAGGGGAAACGGUCAAUGGUCAUUAUUCGAGGUUGUAAGCGAUGGACUGGAUCUCUAUGCCAACACUUUGAAACAGGGGAUGCGUCCCGACAACGGAACCGAUAGUCAGUCCAGCCAAGAGACUACACCCAGGCCCCAAGCCCAAGUUCUCGUGAAGUGGUCACGAGAACAGGACAGAGUCACAAGUUCCCCGGAUAAAAUUACGGGUAUGGACAAUCCAAUGGAAACCGGUCCUGCUCUGAAGGUUCUAUUCAUCAUCAGCAGCAUACCAGGCCACGCACAUGAUAUUUUGGUUGUGGAGCGGUACGGUUUUAUAAUCGACGGCAUCUCCCCACCCCUCUUGCUCUUCGGCGUGCGCCAGCCAGCAUGGUCUACAAAUCAGACGCAAAAAAUCAUAAAUAUGAAGCUGCCAUCUCUCUGUGGAGGUGUUAUUGGAGGUGCUAUUGGAGGUGCUAUUGGAGAUGCUUGGAGAUAG